CGUUGACCAGAAACUUGAUCGGAACCGCCUCUGGCGGUGGUCAACCCUCUCUUUUCCCUCAUUGCUUCCUCAAGAAAGAAGCUGUUCACUUGGUUUUCAAUGUUGGAUUCGAUUGCAUCUCAUUUUGUCAGUCUCAUUGGCAUCAUAGAUAGAGGAGGCAGGUCAAGAUGGAAGCUCUAGCCAAGAGUUUUAGUACUCUUGCUUUUUGAUUAUUCCAUGUCAAUGAUUACACAAGGACAAGUUCGAUAUUUAUCUAAAUGCGUAAAACCUAUUAUACAACCAAUAUCAAGCAGCAGUUACAUCGAUUUGAUGUGCAAGCAGCACCAUUACGAAGAAGCACUCCAUGCAUUCGAUUUCUAUAUAAAGAACUCAAGUAUCCAGCUGGAACCAAGCACAUAUACGAAUUUAAUACUGGCUUGUACUAACUCUAGAUCUCUUGAAUAUGGUAGGAAAGUUCAUGAUCACAUUUUAAAUUCCAACCAUCGACCAGACAUUGUUCUGCAUAAUCAUAUUCUUAAUAUGUAUGGAAAAUGUGGUUCUUUGAAGGAUGCUAGAAAAGUUUUUGAAGCAAUGCAGCUGAGAAAUGUGGUCUCAUGGACAUUAAUGAUCUCUGGAUACUCUCAAAACAGUCAAGAGAAUGAUGCCAUCAUCAUGUAUUUGCAAAUGCUGCGAUCGGGACAUUUACCAGACCAGUUAACCUUUGGAAGCAUACUCAAGGCUUGCUCUAUUGCAGGUGAUAUAACUUUAGGUUGGCAGCUGCAUGGCCAUGUAAUCAAAUUAGGAUUUGGUUAUCAUCUGAUUGCACAAAAUGCUCUUAUUGCAAUGUAUACAAAAUUUGGACAAAUUAAUCACGCCUCAGAUGUGUUUACUACAAUCUCUACAAAGGAUUUGAUUUCUUGGGGUUCCAUGAUUACAGGGUUUACCCAAUUUGGUAAUGAGAUAGAUGCUUUAUAUCUUUUCAGAGACAUGCUCAGGCAGGGUUCCUAUCAGCCAAAUGAAUUUAUAUUUGGUAGUGUUUUCAGUGCUUGCAGCAGCCUGCUAGAGCCAGAAUUCGGAAGGCAAAUACAUGGAGUAUGUACUAAAUUUGGUUUAGGGAGGAAUACUUUUGCUGGAUGUUCGCUCUCAGAUAUGUAUGCAAAAUUUGGAUUCUUACCUUCAGCAAAACUUGCAUUUUAUCAUAUUGAAAGCCCUGAUUUAGUGUCAUGGAAUGCAAUUAUUGCAGCAUUUGCUGACAGUGGUGAUGCUAAUGAAUCCAUAUAUUUUUUCUGUCAGAUGAUGGAUUCGGGAUUGGUCCCAGAUAGCAUUACAUGCCUCUCCUUACUUUCUGCUUGUGGGAGCUCGAUGGCACUCAACCAAGGCAAGCAAAUUCAUUCCUACGUUAUCAAACUAGGAUUCGAUAAGCAUGCACCUGUUUGCAACUCUUUGCUAACCAUGUACACGAAGUGUUCAAAUCUACAAGAUGCAUUUAAUGUUUUUGAAGAUAUAAGCGAGAAUGCCAAUUUAGUCUCGUGGAAUGCAAUUCUUUCAGCUUGUUUGCAGCAUAAACAAGCAGGAGAGUCUUUCAGAUUGUUUAAACUAAUGAUUUCUUCUGCAAAUAGACCUGACAAUAUCACCAUAAUGAACUUAUUAGGAACUUGCGCAGAAUUAGCUUCAUUAGAAGCCGGGAAUCAAGUCCAUUGCCUUAGUGUUAAAAGUGGACUUGUGCUAGAUGUUUCUGUCUGCAAUGGAUUGAUUGACAUGUAUGCAAAGUGUGGAUCACUGAAAUCUGCUCAAAAUGUUUUUGAUUCAACUCUCAACCAAAAUGUUAUCUCGUGGAGUAGUUUGAUUGUUGGUUAUGCACAAUUUGGGCUUGCACAUGAAGCACUUAAUCUCUUCAGAAGAAUGAGAAAGUUUGGUAUUCACCCUAAUGAGGUCACAUAUCUUGGGGUUCUCAGCGCAUGCAGUCACAUUGGAUUGGUGGAGGAAGGAUGGCACCUAUAUAAAACCAUGCAAGUCGAACUAGGUAUUCCACCAAGAAGAGAGCACUUCUCAUGCAUGGUUGAUUUGCUUGCUCGAGCUGGAUGCUUGAAUGAAGCAGAGACUUUUAUCAUGAAAACAGGAUUUGACCCCGAUAUUACUACGUGGAAAACUCUCCUAUCUGCUUGCAAAACUCAUGGUAAUGUUGACAUUGCGAAGCAAGCUGCAGAAAAUAUACUAAAGCUUGAUCCUUCCAGCUCUGCUGCAAUGGUGUUACUUUGCAAUAUUCAUGCUUCUGCCGGAAACUGGGAAGAUGUUGCCAAACUAAGGAGCUUGAUGAAACAAACAGGUGUAGCAAAGGUUCCUGGUCAGAGUUGGAUAGAAGUCAAGGAUAAGAUCCAUGUGUUCUUCUCAGAUGAUACAUCACAUCCUCAAAGGGAAAAAAUAUACACAAUGCUUGAAGAGUUAUGGUUGCAGAUGUUGGAUGAUGGUUAUGAUAGUUGCAAAUGGUUAGACAUUGACAUUUAGUGAGGAAGUUAGUUGGAAGGUUUCAUCAAAGCUAUGCUUUUUUUGGUUCCCGAUUGAGCAACCUGCAUCCAAGUCCUUAUACUAAGAACCCAACUAACCUAUCCCAAACCGGGACUACAGAUUAAGGGACCAAGGGACUUACAAUAUUGACCAAUCCCAUAUUGGUUUGUUGAAACUAUGCUGCUGAUAUGUGACAGAUAGGGUGAGUUAAGCUCCACUUAAACAAGGUAUGCAUCAGUUAUUGGGAUUGAUGAUAUGCAGUAUGCCUCUAAGUUAUAUCUUGUUUAAUGCCAUAUAUCACUUUGGGCUAAAUAGAUUGUUGCAUAUAAUAUAUGACAAUGAGUUAUAUGUUAAUCAAUGUAAGUUAUUAAAAUUUUUGUUGGAGAUAUUCUUAUUUCUUUUGUAUAGGAAAAAUUAUCUCUUUUAUUAUUCUCU